UGAGGCCGCGCUUUUUUCCCUGAACCUAUUGGCGUCGGGCUGGGCUCCUCCCGUUUUCUAAAAGGAUCUGAUCGGAGGGUCCAUUGGCUUCGGGACAAGGGCGCUCUGCUUAUACUCAGAUGCCCCUCGCCAUCCCCUCCUGUGUCCUAGCGCUCCAGCUCCGCUCGAGCCCUGCAAGCCUCCCGGUUGCGCCAGGCGGAGGCGGAGGCGCCUUGGGGCCAUACCCGCUGCGCUGAGAGAUCGCCCGCGAUCGCCGCCCUCGUGUUCCCGCCCGCCGUGCGUGGCCAAUGACGGGCCGGAAUAUCGGAUCAUUUUCCCCGCGCUCGCCAAGUCUGGAUCCCGGUCGCCAAGCAAGGGGAAAAGCAGCAGAGGCAGGAGGUCGGCAAUUGACGGUACGGCAGCCGCCGCGAUCCAGCAGAUUGAUCUGGAGAGCCGUAGAGGCGUCGGCUGGUCCACGUGGAAACCGCGGAGCGCAGUGCGCGACUGAAAGCUUAGCAGGAAGGCGCGCCGCCCGGACCCGCGAAACCCGUAGCAACCAGGCCAGCGGCAGAGCGUGAUCAGCGCCCCCCCAAACACGCAACCCGCUAGAUCUGUGUGGGGCGCCCCCUUCCCACUGUAGAAAAGAAGAUUUCCAGACAGGGAAGAGAGAACACGGUGGACGACUGACUGCCAGCACAGAGAGAUUGGCUCACAGGGGGAAGCCAGCCAGCUUCUCGUGCUGCUCCAGCUUCUUGGGGCACCUGACCCUCUGGAUGCUGAGCCCCAUUAUGGGCGAGCAUCAGACCCACAUCAACAGCCUCUUCCUGAAUGAGGAGACAUCUAAGCAGCUUGGCUCGGGGAGCCGGGUGCACCGCUUCCGCCAUGCCCUGGAGAAGCGGGCAGCCCGUGCCAGGAAAGAAAUGUACAACAUCACCCGUGAGAGCGUCAAGGGCUUCUUCCAGAGGAACGCUUUUGUGUUACUCACUGUCUUGGCAGUCCUGCUGGGGAUUACUCUGGCCCUCGCCCUGCGGCCAUAUCGGAUGACCUAUCGCCAGAUCAAAUACUUCUCCUUUCCUGGAGAGCUGUUGAUGCGGAUGCUGCAGAUGUUGGUUCUUCCACUAAUUGUCUCUAGCCUUAUCACAGGCAUGGCAUCCUUGGACAGCAGUGCCUCUGGCAAGAUGGGAGUGCGUGCUGUGAUUUACUAUAUGAUGACAACCAUCAUCGCGGUCUUCAUUGGAAUCUUUAUGGUCCUCAUCAUCCACCCAGGGAAAGGGAGCAAGAAAGGCCUCCAACAGGAGGGCAAGGUUGAGCAGGUCCAUGCAACUGAUGCUUUCAUGGACCUCAUCCGGAAUAUGUUUCCCCCCAAUCUUGUAGAAGCCUGCUUUAGACAGUAUAAGACUCAGUACAGUGUCCGGGUUGUCAACAGAACGGUUGCAAGCAACACUUCUCCUGCCACCAUGUUGCCACAGCACCCCAAUCAGGAUACCAACAGCAGUGGGUUCAACUACAGUGCCUCCAUUGCCAGUUUGCCUCUCCUGCCACUUGAAAAUGCUUUGGGAGUCUGGCAUAAUGUCACUCACGCUCUGGGGAGCCUCCCGGAAGUGCUAAACUUUGAGGAGGUCAUCCCCGGCCCAGGCUCAGUCAACGGGGUGAAUGCCCUUGGCCUAGUUGUCUUCUCCAUCUGCUUUGGCCUGGUGAUCGGCAACAUGAAGCAAAAGGGACAAGCUCUGCGGGAAUUUUUCGACUGCCUCAAUGAAGCCAUCUUGCGGAUGGUGGCAGUUAUCAUAUGGUAUGCCCCUAUUGGGAUCCUCUUUCUGAUCGCUGGCAAGAUUUUGGAGAUGGAGGACAUGGCAGUGAUGGGAGGCCAAUUGGGCCUGUACACACUUACAGUUAUUGUGGGGCUCCUGAUCCAUGGCCUCUGUGUCCUUCCACUCAUCUACUUCAUUGUCACACGCAAAAACCCCUGGAUCUUCGUGGCUGGCCUCCUGCAGGCUCUCGUUACAGCCUUGGGAACUUCUUCCAGCUCAGCCACACUCCCUGUCACGUUCCGUUGCCUGGAAGAAAACAACAGAGUGGAUAAACGAGUUACCAGGUUUGUUCUGCCAGUGGGAGCAACUAUCAACAUGGAUGGCACUGCACUUUAUGAAGCUCUGGCAGCCAUCUUCAUUGCACAGGUCAACAACUACGAGCUUGACUUUGGUCAGAUCAUUACAAUUAGCAUUACUGCCACGGCAGCCAGUAUCGGAGCUGCUGGCAUCCCGCAGGCGGGCCUAGUGACCAUGGUAAUCGUGUUGACGUCUGUGGGAUUGCCAACGGAGGACAUCACUUUGAUCAUGGCUGUGGACUGGUUCCUAGACCGUCUCAGAACCACCAUCAAUGUGCUGGGGGAUUCCCUGGGCGCUGGUGUUGUAGAGCACUUGUCUCGCCAUGAGUUGGAGAUGCAGGAUGCUGAGCUCAGCAACACGGUCCUCGAGGAGAAUGAAAAACCCUAUCAUCUAAUUUACCAGGAGAACGACACCCACAAGCACCUCAGCAGUGAGACAUCAAUGUGAUUUGGAGGAGGGGAGUGCUACGUGGAUCGGACCUGUAAAAUCUCACAACUGUGAAAUGCUUUGAGAAGCAAGAGCCAACCACAGCCCUUCCACAAACUCUAAGCAUCUCCAUUUUCCCUGUUUACGUCACCAGAAAAUAAGGACACUUUUUAUAAUAGUGACUGUGCUCUCACAAAGAUGGUUUGGCACUAAUGGAAGAGGGAGUGACCUCACCUCUCCUGCCUCUUAACCACAGCUGGUAGCAUCCUGCACCAAGUCAACUCCACAUUUCCUUGCCAAGAAAAUAAACUUUGAACAUGUCGUGCUGUGCCAUAAAGACCAACUUAUUUAAGUCUUGUGCUACUAUUUUACUGAUUGUGCUAAUUUUUGAACAUUUUUUUUAGCACUUGAAAGAAAAAGAAAUGCAGCCAAAUAAGAAUAUAUAUGUGAUGCUUUAUUGGUAUGGAAAAAUGUUUAUUUAUGAAGAUCAUUAAAGUGAAGAAUUAUGUACA